CGCUGACAGUUAUGAAGUUUGACAGCAUAACCUAAACUUAAUGUUUAUUUUGAUUUGAUGAUUUCAUAACACGAAAAAUUGAUUAGUAUAAAACGAAUAAAUUUUUUCCAUUUAAAUGAGUAAACGGGUGAAACAAACGUGGUUAGAUUUCUUAGAGACCUACAGGGAAGCGAGGUUAUUAUGGGAUCCACAGGACGAGCACCGGACGUGCAAAGAUUUACGCGCCGAAGCUUAUGAAAAGUUACUUGAUAAGUAUAAGAAAAUUGAUGAAAGUGCGGAUCUGGUGGAUAUGAAGAAUAGACUUGCAAAUAUGAGGACCGCCUUUAACAGAGAAAGAAAAAAGGUCAUUGAUAGCAUACAAAACGGGGACGCGAAAGUCCACAAGCCUACAUUAUGGUACUUUGACAUUUUUAAUAGUUUCCUUGAUCCAGACACAGAGGGAAUGAAUUUUGAUACACUAAAAAAUUUCAAACACACUAUGGCAGUAAUAGGGCCAUCAAAGAGUGAGAGAGAAUGUUUUAGAACAGUGACACACAAUGAAUCAACAAAUGGAAAGGAAGACACAGACACACCACUGGCGCAGAAAAAGCGGCGAAUAUACAAUCUCCUUCAAAAGCAGGAAAGAUUUGUAGACACAGCCAGCCAAAUGCUACAACAUAAGGAACAAGAAUGGGAAAUCAACGGCAAAGCUAUCGGGCUACAACUCUACCAGCUGGACGCGGCACAGCGCACCUUAGCGCAGCAGCUGAUAUCCGACACCAUAUUUUUGGGGAGUAUGGGAAAGUUAACAGAAGAAUCAUUCGUUAAUUUCAAUAUUAGACAAGGCUCGUCGGAAAUACAUGAGAAGAUUGAAUUUUUGGAAGAGGAAUCAGAUGGCAAUGAUGAUAUAUAAAUGGACCUGGGUAUGUCCUUAAACUUGGACCCGGGUAUGUCCUUAAACUACGUCCAAAAGAGAGGUAUGGGCAAUGUGAAUGUCAUCUCGCCUUGUGUGGUAGGGCACAGCACAGCAGAUGGCAUUCCAGAUCUAGAGCAGAGCCCAACUGGGGAAGUACCUCCACCUUACAGAAAACCGCAGCCAAAUAACACUUGACCCUACUCAUAGUGUUGUGUUCCUGCCGGUGAGUAAGGUUGCCAGAGCUCAACGAGGGGGGUGGGGUUAGGGUCGGCGACGCGCAUGUAACUCCUCUGGAGUUGCAGGUGUACAUAGGCUACGGAGACUGCUUACCAUCAGGCAGGCCGUAUGCUUGUUUGCCACCGACGUAGUAUAAAAAAAAAAAAAUGAAAAAAUUAUUAUUAAUUAUUAAUGAGUAAAUGUAUGUCCGUGAAGUUGACCGCCCCAAAUUGAGUGCCCGCAAAUGGCAUACCUAUAUCGUUAGUUCAUCGUUAGUUCACGUUAGUUCAGUAGGUUAAAUCGUUAGGAUCCGACUAAAACAUGUAUUUUUUUUAAAAACAAAAUGGUGGGGGCCAACUUCACGCUACCGCCCCAAAACCGAUUUUGCGGUUUCUAUUAAUAAGGAUCGAUAGAUAAUCGUUAGUAGACGUUAGUUCAGUAUAUUAAAUCGUUAGGAUCCGAUUCAAAGUAUUUUUUUUUCUUUAAUAAAGUGGGGCGGUCAACUUCACGCUACCGCCCCAAAAUCGAUUUUACGGUAUCUAUUGAUUUGAAUCGAUAGAUAAUCGUUAGUUGACGUUAGUUCAGUAUAUUAAAUCGUUAGGAUCCGA